GAGGAGGGACGCAGUAUGGCGUAGUGGUUUGAGCGUUGGACUAAGACUCUGGAGACCAGGGUUCGAGUCUCAGCUCGGCCAUAUAGACCUGCUGUGUGACCUUGGGCAAGAAGCCACACUCUCUCAGCCUCAGGGGAAGGCAAUGGCAAUCCCUCCUCCUCUGAACAAACCUUGUCAAGAAAACCCUAUGAUAGGUGUUCCCUUAAAUAUGUCAGAAGCCCCUUCAAAAUAUAUACUGUACUGUAAGCCGCCUUGGGCCCCAGUUUGGGAGAAAGGCGGGAUUAAAAAAUAAAUAUAUAAAGACAAUAACAACAAAUCUUUGUCUGGCUCUGCUAUGGAAUCCUGGGAAUUCUAUAGCUUUAGAGCCAGAAAAGACUUAAAGCGGUACCAAACCGGGUUAUUUCUCCAGUGUGGAUGCAGCCUCUGAAAAAGGCGGCGCAAAGAAGGCGAGGCGCGUUUCAAAAGGCGUCACUGGAGCCUGGGGCCGCCAUUUGCUGGCUUCUCUGGAGCCUCCUCUGGAAGGAAGGCAACAAAAGUAGCCCCACUCCGCCUCCUUCUGCUGCUGCUCCUGGGCUGCCAGGGAGGGAGGAUGUUUCAUUCAACGCGGGAACAGUUAAACAUCUUGGGAUGGAGAGCAGCUGCAAGUAUUGCUUGGUCUGUGCUUUUGCUUCCUCUCUGUGUUGCAGUCUUUGUCACCAUUAGCAAUAUUGACUUUGUCCACCCUGUGCAAUGGAUCACAGGUUCAUUCAAUGAUUUGUAUACCUCCUAUGUUAUCUUUUGUAUACUUCUGAUGUCUGUGGUAAUAGUGGUAAUAAAUAUCUUCAAUGUUGAAUUUCAUGCAGUUGUGCCUUCAAUUCCUUGUUCCCGAUUGGCAUUGAUCAGCAAGAUUAUCCACCCCCAGCAGGUGAUCCAUUCAGUUGCCCAUGCUGUCAUGGGAAUGCUGGUGGCGUGGUGUGCUGCCAUUAUGACAAAGGGAAAGUUCCUGUUUUUAUCUGUGCCCUGCACAAAUACAGAAAGUGCAGCUGAUGCUGAUCUGAAUGUGUGCCUAAAUGAGUACCACCUCUUUCUCUUGCUCCUUGGAGCUUUUAUGGGUUACAGCUACAGUCUCCGGUAUCUUGUCAAUAAUUUGAACUACCUUCCAUUCCCAGUUAUACAGCAAUACAAGUACCUGCGCUUCAGAAGAGCCCUUCCACUACUGGCAAAGCAUAGUUGUGUGGAGUCACUUUAUAUGGUUAGGAACUUCUGUGCUGCCUACUACUUCUUUGGUUAUAUUCCACGGGCAUGGCUAAUUACCACAAUGAACCUUCAAACUAAUAGUAAACUUCCUCUUCUCGACACAGUGGCUGGCCUCCUGGAUUUGUCUCUCCUGUACCACAGCUGGCUAUGUGGUCUGUUUCUUCUAAUGACCUGGUAUAUUGCAUGGCUGCUCUUCAGAAUCUUUUCUACUGAGGCACAUCACUUUCCUGUCCAGCCAACUUUUGUAGAAGAAGCAGACCAGUGUUUACCUAAAGUCUUAAACAGCAACCCUCCACCUCUUUUAAAGUUCUUAGCUUUACAGGACCUGAUGUUUCUCUCCCAGUAUUCCCCUGUGCGACGUCAAGAGGUCUUUAGCCUUAGCCAACCAGGUGGACAUCCGCACAACUGGACUUCAAUUUCCAAGGAGUGCUUGAAUCUUCUAAAUGAUCUCACGCAGAAGCUGAUAAUUCACCAAGAAGUUGCAGCUGCAAAUGGAAGGCUGAAACAGCCACCUAUGGGAGACUUACGACAACCCCCUACCUCUCCAGAUAUGCAGUGGACAGACUCUCCACAUGAAACCCGCCCAACAAUUACUGUUGCAAAAAGUGCUAAUGAAGUAGUGCAACCAAGUUAUUUCUGUAUGUGGCUUCAGAGCAAGAAAGAACAGCUCAAAAGUUUCUUGUCAAAACGAGUAUUGAUAAUGUAUUUUUUCAGCAAGCACCCUGAGGCUUCAAUCCAGGCCCUCUUUUCUGAUACCCAGAUGCAUAUUUGGGCUUUGGAAGGUUUAUCACAUCUUGUAGCAGCCUCAUUUACUGAAGAUAGAUAUGGAGUUGUCCAAACAACACUGCCAGCUAUUCUGAAUACUUUGUUAACUCUUCAAGAGGUGGUAGACAAGCACUUCAAACUUCCUCAUGUUUCCAGCAAACCCCCCAGGAUCUCAGGGAAUCUGGCAGACACUUCCUACAAAACCCUUCGAUUUGCUUUAAGAGCCUCACUGAAAACUGCCAUAUAUCGGAUAACCACCACAUUUGGAGAACACCUAAAUGCAGUUCAAGUAUCUUCAGAACAUAAGAAAAGACUCCAGCAGUUCCUUGAGUUUAAGGAGUAGUGAAAUCAAACUGACCAUGCUGUUACAGAUGGAUAAUUCAGCAAGUUUGCAUCAAAAGAAAGUGAAAAUUUCUACUGACUUCUCAAAAGUGUUCUUUAAUUGCAAGUCAUUGGGUGACUGUGCUGUCAGCUGAAGUAUCUGAAAAACUUGGAUAACUUUAGUUUGACAUUUUGUAUAAUAAACUGAUUUUUUUUAAAGUUAAA